AUGCGCGUAGUUCAGGACACACACGUCGACAACUCCACCCCUCGCGUCCUGUACUCGGACGGAUCUCUUCUGAACUCGGGAACGCUAGAAGUAUCCCAGGCCUUUGGAGUGGUGGAUCUCACUCAGGACAACCCUCUGACAGUACAAGGACGAACGGACGGUCACGCAUCCUCGGCUAAAGCCGAGCUCAUGGGCUUAUUAGCCGCAGUCUUGUCAGCGCCACCGGAACAGGACAUUGUGGUCAAGCUGGACAAUCAGUACGUGGUGGAACAGUAUAGUCGCCUGGUGAAGAAUCGUCGGGACACCUUACCGAGGAAGCGAUUCAGGAGUACAUAUGCGGGUAUCUGGGCGGUGCUUUGUCAGGUUGUGGAAUCUCGGCCAGGCGGGGUUGAGGUGGUGUGGAUCAAAGGUCACAGCGACGUCCAUGGAAACGAGCUUGCGGAUCAGGCGGCGAAGGUGGCAGCACAGAGUGGUUCAGUGCCCUGGAUGGUGGAUCUCACUCAACAGACGGAUAUCACGACCUUUGCACAUUGUUACGGCGGGAUUGUUGAAAUCGAUCUACGUCAGCUCCUCAAACAACAAUCGACAAUCCGUCACCAUCAGGCCUGGACGUCACAGAGGCGGGUCAAGAGGGCGAUCCCUGACAUCGAUGACGUGGAAUGGAACUCGACCUUGGCUUAUGUCCAUGACAGGCACGCAGUCUUCACCUUUUACAGCAACAGCAAGGACUCUCACCAACGCACACAUCAUAUCAAAAAGCUGCAUGGAAUGCUGCCCACUCUGAACUCCAUGCAGGCUCGCAAGCCCAACCUGUACCCAACAUGCGUGUGCCGACGAUGCGAGCUCGAGAAGGAGGAUAACGAUCACGUCUGGAAAUGCCCUUCGGCAGCUGAGACCACCACUGAGAUCUGGAAGGAGGCCAUGGGCAAGAUUAACGAGUGGGGUGUGCAGGCGACAAACAGCUACAACGCAGCCAGGAAGCGAGAAUACAAACGCGCGGUGGACAGAGGUCGUCAGGUACCGAGGCCAGUACCCAUACACUGGUGGCCCCCUUCGGAUGCGGAUCAUGUGCGAGGAUUUUCCUCCAUCGGUGGAGCUCGAGCCGUGCACAGCGAUAGUCCAGCUCUCGAUCGAGACGAGAAACCGAUGUGGAAUGUGUCGGAUCUCCUCCGCGGCAUCACCCCCUUGAGCAUGUUGACUGAAUGGUCCGCGGUUUUCCGGACCCCAAUGUCCAUCGCCAAGACAGUCCUUCACAAGUUUGUUGGCUACCUGGAGGCGCAGGCCUCGGAGCUGAUCUGGAAACCUCGGUGCUCCGCGACAAUCGCAUGGGAACAAAGCCAGGGCAUCUCUGCCAAGGAUAAGACAUCCAAAUAUACAGGCCCCCGAGGUGAUUGGAGUCAAGGAUACGGUUACAUCACGCACGAUGGUUUCUCGACAAUUGUUGCGCAGAGCCAGGUUCUGGACCGGACUGCGACUGGCGGAUGGUGCACUGAAGAGUUUGGUCUGUAG